AUGACGAAUACAUCGGCUUCGGGUCGAAGCCAGAUGAGCCCGCAGAUUUCUGGAUCACACAGGAAAAACCAGGGUAGGUCACGCUCUGGCAUUGGUGGCGCCUCUGCCAUCAGAGAAGCUUUUUUUUUUCUCGAGAUUGACACCUCAAUUAUCAGAACUCCGGCCGGCGCAGCCCAUGUCGCUUUUCCUGCAGCGUCAAAAGAAGCCGUCAACGAUUUCUUCAUCUCCGCACUGAAGGCCGGCGGCAAGAUCCAUGGCGAACCGAAGACGAGAGAUCCGGAGUCAGGAUACUACAGCGCCGCUGUGGUGGACUUCGAUGGGAACAGUAUCGAGGCCGUGUAUCGGCCAGGGUCUUCAUCGUCCCGCUCCCAGGCUGGAGAACCAUCGCUGAAGGUCAUCAAAAACGGCUCAGUAGUAUCCAGGGCCAAAUCGACCAAGACGGAGAGCGUGGCACCCGCGAGGUCCGAAGUGCGCUCAAUUUCGUCCAAGACGGUUCCCGCCAUCGAGCAUUAUUCUUCAACUCCCACGACGCAGUCGUCGUACGAACAGUACGACCACCACCUAACGUACCCUGCCCAGGAAGAACAAAAACAACAACAAUCAGAUAAUGGCAGCAAGGCCGCAAAGACCAUCAUCGGGACUCUUCUUGGCGCCACUGCCGGAGCCGCGAUCGCCUAUGCUAUCGUCAAAGACUCCCAAUCAUCACAGCAGCAGCAGCAGCAGCAGCCUGUGUCCCAGCCCCUCCCCCAGUAUUCGCAGCAGGCAUCAGCCCAAAGCGUGCCAGCAACGGCUUACCAAGAACCCCCAUCGUACCGGGCUCUGGAAGCACCUCCUCCAGCCAGGAGUUACUACUCAGCGAAGGAUGAUGCCUACUCGGCGAGGGAUGACGCAUAUUCAACGUACUCGCGCAGUGUCGUGUCGAAGAACCCUCGCGCAGACACCGUCUACGAGGAGACGGAAUACUAUCCCCCGAAUGACGAUGGUGCCAGCGUCUAUUCACGGCAGAGUGGCGUGCGCAGGAAUUCCAACGGCAGCAUCUACGCAACGAAGGAGCUGCCCAUCCGAACAAUCGAGUAUCCGCCGCCAUCACGCUCACAGACGUAUCCCUGCAACCCCAGCACAUUGAUCAGCAGCUAUGUGGAGGGGUCGCGCCGCGGUUCUGAGGCCGGCAGGGACAGGGACGACCACUCCGAAUACAACGACGCCGAAACCGAAUUCUCGUCCAUAUCCACCAUCAAGCCUGCGCGGUCGUCGCAUUCUCACUCCUCCCACCGCUCUUCUGCUGCUCCCUCGCAGUACAGCAGCCAUAGCAAAGCGUCGCACCACUCGUCGCACCACUCGGUGGCCUCGCGUUCUUCAGCGCACCGCUCUUCUGCCUCUGCGCGAGAGUCCAAAUCGCAAGCCGGCAGCGUCUACUCGGCGACGCGCUCGGCGCGCAACGUCCCUCUACCAGAGGGCUCGACGGCCUCGUUCUCCGUGUACUCGAACGGCGACUCGCCGCGGGACAUUCCUUUGCCGGAGAGCGCGACGCCCAGCACUGUGUUCCUAGACACGGUGGACAUCGACACGCACAUCACGCCCGACGACUCAAUCAGCCAGGUGGGCGAGGCGCGAUCGCACCACUCGCGGCACUCGCGACACUCGAAAUCCGGGGCGUCCCACGCGUCCCACGCCUCGCACGCCUCGUCCAAGCGAUCCAGCAAGUUCGACGAGCCCGUCAGGCCGGAAGACAGCAUCAGCCAGGUCUCGACCAACGUGUCGCGGUCGUCGGAGCGGACUGUGAAAGCGAGCGGGAGCGGGUCAAAAGCCCCGUCUCAGGCCCCGUCAAAAGCGCCGUCAAAAGCUCCGUCUCAGGCUCCGUCCAAGGCUCCGUCCAAAGCUCCGUCCCAAGCUCCGUCCAAGGCCCCGUCCAAGGCUGGUUCCAAGAUGGAUGCAUGGAUGGAUGGAGGUUUGAUCGGUUGUGGUUAUGAUGAUGAUGAUGAUGAUUUUUAUACUUUUAUUAUUACUAUUACUUGCUUGCAUGUUGUCUUGCUUGUUUACAGACACGGUUCAUAUGAUAUGAUGAUAGAUAUGAGAUGA